UUGGAACAAGCCUUCAAGCCUCCAUACAGUCCCGAAAUCAAACAGGGCGUUUUGCAAUUCGUAAUCCAGUGUAUUGCAACUUCAUGCUAUCAACCGAUUGGCGCGAUACUUGACAGAGCUUUCAAUGUUUCGAGCGACACUUGCUUACUCAUGUCUUGAGAAAGGAAGCGUCUCAUUGGUGCACCGACUCGAUGUCGACGCCGCGGAUUGCUCGGUCGCAGCUUAUCUGGAAUGCGGGCAACCCCGUACAUGGAAUGCGUUUCACGGAUGAUCAUGGCUCGAACCCCAGAGCAAACCUGAAAUGUGUCGAUCGAUGGAGACAGACGAAUAUUUGUUACCGAGUUUAGUAGCGCAAUUUCAAAUUACGCACGAUUAUCGCAUAAAGGUCACGAUCCAUUGGGCUAGACCAAUCGACCCAAGGCUACUCCAUAUACUUGAUGCCGGCGGCUCCUCAAAACAUCCCGACCACGUUUUCCUGGAGCGAUUAUGUCGGAGCGAUAAGUUAUUGCUCCCGAAUUUCUGCCCGAACGUGUUGCAAAACAACGCCCCAGAAAUUAGCGUCGGCGUUGGGUUCAGAAUAUAUCUACCUUGCUUUUGCAAUUUCGCAAACUUGGCAGACCUAGCCUACGUCAGAUCUGGAUGAACUGUCGGGUUUUCUCAAACAUCGUUCCGGAUUCAGGUAACUUUGUAUUUGGAAUCCAGACUGCGCCGAGCGUCGCGCCAUGAAGCAGCAGCUUCUGUUGCGCGUCCUCGGUAUAUGGAGGACUUGCGCGGCCUGUGUUUAAUGAUCGUCGCAUUCGGAGGAUCAAUAACACCUUGACUUGCACCCAACCAUAGUGGAAUAGACAAGGCUAGCGAGGAGUGAGACUGAUCUUUUUUUGUCAUCGAAGACGGAGUGAGUUAAGCCGAUAAUUCAGUUCCCGAGCACACGUAUGGUCUUCCUGGCCGCAGUCGGACUACACAGGCCGCAGCAUGAAUGUUUGUCGCCUUGUUUACACAUUCACCUUUACGAGGUGCAGCUACAGCCCUUGUGUGUGUUGGAUCUCCUUGAGGGCUUACUCCGUAUCUCGCAGCCUCGAUGAUUGAUCCUUGUUCCUCGUGUAUUCUUCUACGUGAUUAUGGAAGACCGCGGAUUCAAGUCCAAAAAUACCUCGAUGAACCAGAAGGCUCAAGCAACUUGUUCAGAACCAAUGGCUACGUUGCUGAUGGUUUGCGCCGCCUGUAUGGAAGAUUCCAACGCAAGUAACGUUGACCAACUUUGUCCAUGGGCCUAAUCACCGAUUGAGACGAGUAUUAGAAGUUGGUUGAUAUUCGGCCGGAAUGUUCUCCGUCGAGUUCUAUUACAUGUAUACAUUCCUUUGCUUUUACGAGCUGUGGAUUACCUCAACUCCUUUCUACGGCGCCGGAGACCCUAAUACCAUUGUACAGGAUACGUUUCGUAUCCAAUACUAUCGCCAUUACCCUCGUCGACGGCGUGAAUUCGUGUAACGAUCACUUUUGAUCGUAGUUGUAGCUACAUUGGAAACUCGCGGUUAUCUCGAGGCACCGUCUACCUUCCUUGAACGCUUCGAUUUCUUACGUUCCAAAUGGAAUAAGUGAUACACCAGCUCUCAAUAUUGUCUUAUUUGGAGUGUGCUUCGAUUUACGUUGUACGACAGCGUCUCGCAGCAGCUCUGUUUCGGCAGUCAAUGCUAUGCUACAAUUGUUGGGAAGGACGAUCGAAAGGCUUUUUUCCCCUUUGUGUGUAUAAAGGAUGAUGGACACAGUAUAUUGAAGCCUCGAUUUCCAAUUGCAUCCGGGAAGGAUUUGACUCGGCCUUGAGAAAUAUAUACAUUUGUAGUGAUUAUGUCGUGAUGUGUUUCACACACUCUACCAAACGUCUGCUGGUCUGCUUAUGUCAAAACAACGAACGA